AUGAACGAGCAUAUCGCUCCACCCAUGCCACUGCCCGAGUACGUGUCGAACAAUUAUCUAUUCGAUAUGCCUGCCCAGAAGAGGACCUCCACCGAUAUGAUUGAUCCUGCGAUCGCUACUGGCUUUGAUAAAGAGAAUCAGCCAGUAGCAGAAGUAGCACCGCCACCUGACAAUACGCAGAAAAGCUGCGACGAGAUCCGACAGAGGAUACGGGAUUUCAUCGCUUCAGGACAGAUGAGCGCUAGCGAGUUCCAGCGCGCAAUUAACGUGUCUCCGCGGUCAUAUUCUGAGUUUUUGAGCCAGGAGGGCGUCAAGGGCGCCCGGUCGGCGACGUAUAAGAAUGCCUUGAAGUUUUUCAACGGCCGGAGCGGAGGGAUCGUGCCGUUGGCUGCGACUCAGCCUGCGGCAACUGCGGCAGGAAGUGCCCCGAAGCGGGCGAAGAAGAAUCAGCCAGCGAGUCCGGCUGCGGUUGACCUUUCGGAUGUUCAGUUGGUUGGAGAUGAGGAUGGGAGUGUGCAGGUCUUUGAAACGUGUGAUGUGGUGAGGAGGAAGAUCAGGGCGCAUCUGCGUAAGACUGGCGUGACGCAUGCGGGCUUCAUGAGAGAGGCUGCGAAGGCGGCGUACCCGCAGGGCACGAAGAGGCUGAAUGCGAAUUCGUUCGGGGAGUUUCUCAAGAAGAAGGGCCCUACCGCUGGGAGCUCGGGGUCGGUUUUCUACGCCUCGUAUGUGUACUUUGAGAAGUUGAGGAUCAAAAAUGGAAAGCCGAAGGACGCCUUUCGACUUGAGAUGGAGAAGCUCUGGCCGAAUGGCUUUGAGCUUGAGAACGCAGCCAACAGGAGGAUGUGGUGUGGUCCCAAUGUGAGACCCUGGGUUGACAAGUAUGGGAUGGUGCACUUUUCGUGA